GCGCACUGCCUCGCGGCUCCCACUCAGUAGUGACGGAGUGAAGAUGGCGAUGAGAGCAGCGCUGCGGUGCUUCACCUCGAACUUCCCCCACAGACUGCAGCUCUGCUCGGCGGCUCGGGCUCCGGUCUCUCGGCUGCUGUGGAGCAGCGACUCUCCGCGAGCACUCGGCACCUCGUCCUUCCUGUCAACAGCACUGAAGUUCACAGAUAAACACGAGUGGGUGCGAGUGGAGGGCGACGUGGCCACAGUGGGCGUCAGCAGCUACGCUCAGGAGGCGUUAGGUGAUGUGGUCUACUGUGAACUUCCAGACGUCGGUCGUCACCUCAGCCAAAUGGAGGAGUUUGGCUCCCUGGAGAGCGUGAAAGCCGCCAGUGAGCUGUACUCGCCCCUGACAGGCGAAGUGUGUGAAGCCAACACGGAGCUGGCUGACAACCCAGGGCUGGUGAACAAAGACUGCUACGGUGAAGGCUGGCUAAUCAAGAUGAAAGUGGAGAAGAGUGAGGAACUGGAUGCCCUCAUGGAUCAGGCGGCGUAUGAUAACUUCCUCAAGUCUCUCGAGGAGUAAAGGGCUCAAAACCUUAAGUCCAGAGAGCAGCAACAUCUACCGACACUCUCGCGCUCUGGUAUUUAUUCUGGGUCAGGAACUUUUGGUAUUAAAGGUGUGUUCAGAUUGUUUGGUGUGUUCAAAUUGGCAGGUAGCGUUUCCUACGUCACCAAACGUUGAAGGGCUCUUAAACAGGUGGUGGGUGCUUUACGCAGAUCAUCUUUUUGGUGCUUUAUUUUCCUGUAUUUCUCCUUUAUUUUCUUAAGGACUGAUAUGCGACUGUCGCGUUCAACCAAUAAAG